AUGCCCGAGUAUCGCGAGGCUAUUGCUAAUGCAUACGCCAUCUCUCGCUGGCUGGAUCAUCUCAAGGAUGACACUGGUAAACUUCUCCUCUACCUCCGCCUCCGCCGGCUCUGGGCAGAUGCUACCGACUCUGAACAGGAGGCCGCUCAAGAGGAGCUCGAUAGGGUGCCAAUGGCUCUAAGGCACACUCGCGUUCAGCUGGGCCGUGCCGCUCUAGGUAACAUGUACAUGCUGGGUCAUGACUCGCAGAUCAAACGUGGCUCGAAGGGUGCUCAAGAAUACGUUUGGCCUCGUAUCGGGACACAACCACUCUCGUCGUUUGCUGGUGUGCACCUUAAUCGUGCAUAUGCAACACCGCAAACUGUCGUCUUGGAGCUGGGGACAUUGCGCCUGCAGGUGCGUUUGCACACUCAUACUGUCACGCAAGUCUAUACCCGGGAACAAUGGCACAAUACAAUCAAGAAGGUAUCGACAUCGAUUCGCAAAUUCCGUGUCGGCCUGGCACUCGACUUCAACACUUACAUUGUCGCAUUCCUGUCUCCGGAUAACUUAUGCAUCACAUUCACUGAGCGCAGCUCUUUGCAGCCGUAUUGGACGCCGCAGGCUGACCCGCUUCCAGUGUGGCACCCUGACAUCUUCUCAGAAAACCACGCGUUUCUCAAUCAGAUGGCUGAUUGGGUUAUGAGGGAGGCUAAGAAUGGGUUCACAUCUGAGAAUCUGGCUAUCAAUGUCAUCCGGAAACGUGUGGGAGGCGUCGGAAUCUACACCAGUGAGGAAUUGAUGUUUAUGUCUGGUCUAAGUGCAUUCCUCACAGUGGGGGAAUUCUUGUGCUGUCCUUCCCGUGUGGCUCGGUUUUGUGAGGCAUUCUGGACGCUUGUAGAUGAAGCGCAUUCUUCAGAAUUAAGACGCUAUGCCUUUUGGCUAUAUGUUCACGGCAAGAGCGAAGUCCUUGUCCCGCUACGCCUGAAAGAACAGUGGAUCGAGUAUCAGAACGUCGAUAAGCUCCUUAAUGCGCCGUCAGACGGCGCGUUCUGGACGGCCUUCCAGGCGCUAAUACGCGACAAGCAUCGUACGGUGCCGGUGGCUGCAGACGACCUCAAGGACGUCUUCGAAGUCCGCAUGAACCCGCCACAUGUCCUCCCGUCUGUGUUUGACCCAAUGACCCACGCUGUGAACCGCGCAUUUGCGCAGUCUCUCCCGCCUCGCACGAAGGACACGAGCGCAAACCUAUGCUUCUCGCGCGCUUUCACGGUCGAGGAAAUAGACGACGUCAAGGCGCACAUUCGGACACACUGCAAGGGCUCAGCGCGAGGAGAUGAUGGCAUAGGAUAUGACGAUGUGCUCGCUCUCGACUCCGAGAACCUACGCUCACUGUUCCAGGCGUGCAUUGACUCGGGCGACGCGCCCGCUGCUUGGGUGACUGCCAUCAUAGCGGCGAUCAAGAAACCUGGGAAGGACGGCUCACUCCCGGAAGCCAUGCGCACGCCGCGCACGGACGUGCGCCACCGCACACCCGCCCGACGCUCGAGCUCAGCCUUGAAGUCUUGA